AGAGGAGGAGGAGGAGGAGGAGGAGGAAGGCGGCGGCAGGCGCAGGCCGGAGCCCGGCGCCAUGGACAGCACGGGCAAGGAGCGGGAGGCCGUGCAGCUCAUGGCCGAGGCCGAGAAGCGGGUGAAGGGCUCGCACUCCUUCCUGCGGGGGCUCUUCGGGGGCAACACGCGGGUGGAGGAGGCCUGUGAGAUGUACACCAGGGCUGCCAACAUGUUCAAGAUCGCCAAGAACUGGAGUGCGGCAGGGAACGCCUUCUGCCAGGCGGCCAAGCUGCACAUGCAGCUGCAGAGCAAGCACGACUCGGCCACCAGCUUCGUGGACGCCGGGAACGCCUACAAGAAGGCAGAUCCACAAGAGGCCAUCAACUGCUUAAAUGCAGCUAUUGAUAUCUACACCGACAUGGGGCGCUUCACCAUCGCGGCCAAGCACCACAUCACCAUCGCCGAGAUCUACGAGGCUGAGCUGGUGGACAUCGAGAAGGCCAUUGCACACUACGAGCAGGCUGCUGACUACUACAAGGGAGAGGAGUCCAACAGCUCGGCCAACAAGUGUCUGCUGAAGGUGGCUGCCUACGCCGCGCAGCUGGAGCAGUACCAGAAGGCCAUCGAGAUCUACGAGCAGGUGGGGACCAACACGAUGGACAACCCUUUGCUCAAGUACAGCGCCAAGGAGUAUUUCUUCAAGGCUGCCCUGUGCCACUUCAUCGUGGACGAGCUCAACGCGAAGCUCGCGCUUGAGAAGUACGAGGAGAUGUUCCCGGCGUUCACGGACUCCCGGGAAUGCAAGCUCUUGAAAAAACUGCUGGAAGCCCACGAGGAGCAGAACUGCGAGGCCUACACGGAGGCGGUGAAGGAGUUCGAUUCCAUAUCGCGCCUGGACCAGUGGCUCACGACCAUGCUGCUGCGCAUCAAGAAAUCCAUCCAGGGGGAAGGGGAUGGGGACCUCAAGUGACGCAGCUCCGGUCCCCCCCGUGCGGUGGCCCUGCC